AUGUUAUGCCGGCAAACACAAGCACUGGCUAAAAGAGGAAAUCUGGAGCGGCACCACAAUGCUAAUCAUCCGACCUUUAAGGACAGCUAUCCACCGAAUAGCGCCAUCCGUUCUAAAAAAGUUGCGGAGCUAAAGCUGGAAUUGAAAGCCCAGCAGUCGCUCUUCACUAAACCUGCUGUUCGACAUAAGGCUGCUACAGAAGCAUCAUUUCGUGUUAGUCACCUUUUGGCCAAACAUAAGAAGCCUUUUACAGAUGGCGAGUUAAUCAAGCAGGCUAUGGAUAUUAUUGCCGACACAGUUUGCAACGACUUCAAAAAAAAAGAUGACAUCAAAACAGCAUUCAGCAGUGUCCCGCUAGGCCCCGCAACAGUGACAAGAAGGGUCGAAUCACUGUCGGAGGACGUGGAUCGACAGGUGUUAAGGGACCUGUCAUUUUGUGAAUAUUUCUCACUGCAAUUGGAUGAAUCCCUGGAUGUAAUGGACACAGCUCAGCUUGUUGUAUUUGUCAGGAUGGUUUUCCAGGAUUCUACAACCAAGGAGGACUUUCUCACUCUUCUGCACUUGAAGGACAGAACAAGAGGUGAGGAUAUAUUUAACGAAUUUAAAAAAUACGUCGAUGAAAAUUGCAUUCCCAUUCAUAAACUGGUGGCAAUCACUACUGAUGGGGCUCCGGCAAUGCGCGGUGUGCGCUCCGGUUUUAUAGCGCUGUGCCGCAAUGAUCCUGCUUUUCCAGACUUUUUAAAUUAUCACUGCGUAAUUCAUCAGCAGGCCUUGGUUGGGAAAGUCGUGGACUUCUCUCACGUCAUGACACUAGUGGUCAAACUGAUUAACUCGAUUCGAGCAAAAGCUCUCCAACAUCGUUUAUUCAAGGCGUUAUUGGAUGAGCUUGAUGCCGCUUACGGAGACCUGAUUUUUCACGCUGAUGUCCGGUGGCUAAGUCGCGGCAAAGUGUUACAGAGAUUUGUUGACUUGCUGCCAGAGAUAAAGACUUUUCUCUCAACAAGGAAUGAGGAGCACAAAGAAUUGUCAGAUGAUGCGUGGCUACUUGACCUGGGAUUUCUGACAGACUUAACGGCAAAACUGAAUGCACUCAACACUGAGAUGCAGGGAAAAAACCGAUCCCUGUCCCACAUGAUAAGCGCAGUGAAUGCGUUCAAGGCCAAGCUCGGUUUUUGGACCACACAUCUAAACGGGAGGAGACUAACACAUUUUCCCAACCUGGAAAAAAUGUCACAAACCAUCAAAGACAAGGACGCGUUUCAACCGGAGCAGUACUGCGCUCACCUGGACAAAGUUGCGACGGAAUUCAAUCGGCGUUUUGGUGAGUUAGACGUCAUGGAAGACAUUGCUGCAUUCGUCUCAAACCCAUUUCAGCCCAUUGAUGUAGAAAAGAUUGCAGCCAAAUUUCAUCAAGGAUUCGCUUUGCAAAGUGGUGUUGACAUGGAGAUACUUGAUUUGCAAAAUGACUUAGAACUGAAAGCCAGAUCAAGGGAAAGUGACUUUUGGGGACUUGUAAGUAGAGAGAAGUUUCCUCUACUCACUGCAUGUGCACUAAAAGUGAGUGCAUACUUUGGAUCCACUUACCUCUGUGAAAUGGCAUUUUCACAAAUGAAAAUAAUAAAAUCAAAGUAUAGGAGCCGCCUUACUGACAGACACCUCACAGACUGCCUCAGACUGGCUGUCUGCAGCUAUGAGCCAAACUACAAAAAACUCACAGACAGUAUUCAAUCACAGGCAUCGCACUGA